CCCAGCACGCUCCCCGGGAGGCCUGCGCCCACAUCCUUCUCCUGCCCAGCCUCUGUCCGCCUGGACAGGGCCCGGUGCCGCCUGUGGAUGAGCCACCGGACCUCCUCCUCCUUCAGAGCGGAGAGAAGUUUCCACUCCUCCUCCUCCUCCUCCUCCUCCUCCUCCUCCUCAGCCUCCCGGGCCCUCCCAGCCCAGGACCCACCCAUGGAGAAGGCCUUGAGCAUGUUUUCCGAGGACUUCGGCAGCUUCAUGCGACCCCACUCCGAGCCCCUGGCUUUCCCAGCCCGCCCCACGGGGCCUGGCAACAUCAAGACCCUCGGAGACGCCUAUGAAUUUGCGGUGGACGUGAGGGACUUCUCGCCCGAGGACAUCAUCGUCACCACCUCCAACAACCACAUCGAGGUGCGGGCUGAGAAGCUGGCGGCAGACGGCACGGUCAUGAACACCUUUGCUCACAAGUGUCAGCUGCCGGAGGACGUGGACCCGACAUCGGUGACCUCAGCCCUGCGGGAGGACGGCAGCCUCACCAUCCGGGCGCGGCGUCACCCGCACACAGAGCAUGUCCAGCAGAUCUUCCGGACGGAGAUAAAAAUCUGAGGGCCUCCCCCGCCCCGCCCUCCCCAGUCACCUCCCCCGGCUGGCCUGCCAGCCGCGUCUCCCUGCCCCUCCACGACAGCCUGCAGGACCUCUCAGCCCCCACAGCCCCAGGCCCCAGGCGGGCCAGCCCCUCUGCCCAGGGCAGGCCAGGGACCCCCUUGCCUCACCCGUGGACCCCAGAUUCCAGAUAUGGUCUCCUUUACUUAAUUCCCACAGAACCCACUUCGGGGAAAGAGGAUGGGGACAGGCAGGGCUUUGGUGCGAAUCAUCUGCAGAGCAGACAGACAGACCAAUCCUUUGAUCUGUGGACUCUCUGCAAGGCACGGGCAGCGGUCUGGGGACGGGAACUGCCCUGGCCACAGGGAGCAGACGAGAGGAGGCCACAGGCAGAGGUGCCCAUCCGGAUGGAACUGCGGGGCCCAGGGAGGCCAGGGGACGGCCAUCCCGGAAACCUCCCUCUGCCGCCCUCCAAGCCCCAAACCAGAUGGCAGGCUGCCCGCUGCCCUGUGCCCCAGCCAGCCAGCUGUGCCAGGCUGGGCACGUUGUGUCUGUGCGCAGAUGGGGUUUUUCCAAUACAGCUGGUUGGUGAUAAA